CUGCUGGAGCCCGGCGCCCUGCUGGAGGGUCGCUCCCCGGCCGGCCGCCUGCGCUCGCUGGCCGCGCUGCGUCCCGCCCCCCACCCGCCGCUCGCCGCCCUGCUGCCCUUCCUGGAACCGUUCGCCGACCUGCGCUACGUCGUCCGCAGACUCCGAGGUGCGUCACGACCCCUCCGCUCGUCCCUCGUCUCCGGUUCUUGUCUGUAUGUUCCGUCGCAUGUUUCAGAGCUGGCGAAGGGCGGGUGUCUCAGCGAGUACAGGUGGAACGCGGGCGGGUCCGAGUGGGACGCGUCCAAGCCGACGGACGCGGAGCUGGUGCUGCACCUGUUCGCCACGUACCUGGACGGGCAGCUCGCGGGCGGCGGCGGCGCGCGGCCCUUCAGCACCGAGCACGUGCUGGAGCGCGGCGGGGUGCGGCGGCCCGCGCGGCCCGGCGUGCCGGCCGUGGUGCGCGUGUCGGCCCGGCCGCCGCACUACGCGCUGGCGCUGGGCGCGGACACGCUGGAGGUGGGCCGCGGCCGGAACAACCUGCUGCACGCGCUGCUGCUGCUGCUGCUGGCGCCGCCGCCGCGCGCCUCGACCCGCCCGCGCUCGGCCGCACCUCGCUCGGCCGCGCCGGACUCAACAUGCUCUGGAUCAUCGGUCGAGAUCGCUGACCUCUCAAUAAAUCUUUUCCUACGUCACGUGUAUUUUCUUCUUUAA